UUGCUCUCUGUGUUUGGAACAUAUCUCUCUCUCUCUCUCUCUCUCUCUCUGCUGCGCCUCGGCUCAACUGACAGCCACCGGCUAUGGGUGACAUUUACAAGGCAGCGGUUGAGCAGCUCACAGAGGAACAGAAAAAUGAGUUUAGGGCAGCCUUCGACAUCUUCGUGCAGGAUGCGGAGGAUGGCUGCAUCAGUACCAAGGAGCUGGGGAAGGUGAUGAGGAUGCUGGGGCAGAGCCCUACCCCAGAGGAGCUGCAGGAGAUGAUCAAUGAGGUGGAUGAAGAUGGCAGUGGCACAGUUGACUUUGACGAGUUCUUGGUCAUGAUGGUGAUGUGUAUGAAAGAUGACAACAAAGGAAAAUCAGAAGAAGAAUUGGCAGAACUCUUCAGAAUGUUUGAUAAAAAUACAGACGGAUACAUUGACCUUGAGGAGCUGAAGUUCAUGUUGAGUACCACGGGAGAAACUAUUACCGAGGAUGAUAUAGAAGAGCUGAUGAAAGAUGGUGACAAAAACAAUGAUGGAAAGAUUGAUUACGAUGAGUUCCUUGAGUUCAUGAAGGGAGUGGAAUAAACAUCAAGCAAAGGAGAAGAAAAAGCCUGUGAAGCAACAGGAUUGUUCUAUGAUGCCAACGCUGUGCCCGCCCUUAGAACUGUGAUGAACUGUACUUUCUAAAACCAGCUAACCCUAUAUAUUAUUUCAAUAUGAUAUUGUAAAUACUGUAUAGGAUACUUGUGUAUAGGUGUUAUUUGAAAUACCAGGAUAUCUCCUUUAGUAUUUAAGAAAAAUGAUACUCUAAUGUUUUGUAUAUGGUUUCAUAUAUAUAGAUUUUAAUUAAAUGCAAUUUUACUUAAUUACAACAACACUGCUGCUUUUUGCUAAAAGAAGAUGGAACAAUAAAACGGUUGUUUUUUGAUGGAUUAAAUCAAAUUUAAUUUUCAUUAAACUUGUUGAUUAAGAAGGCAACAACAGUUUCAUGAAUUUCAAACAUUUUCAAUCCAGAGAUGAGUUUAUCAUUGGGUCCAUAUUUUCAAAACCAUAAAUACAGGGGCCUUAUUUACAAAACUUAAACUCAAGUCUGUAUUUAAAAUAAAUAGCCAUGUUUGCUUAAAUUAAAUAAAGUUAGACAUAUUUCUUUAAAAAGUGUAUUGUUGAGUUUUCAACUUCCCCUUUAGCUUUAAAAUAAUCAGCAGUGUUGGUAUAAAAAUACCUGCCUACAUUAACUACCAGUUUAUAAUAUUUUCCAGAUUCGUCUAUUCUCAUUAAUUAGAAUUAAUGAUACUGCAUUCAUUUCAAUAAAUGUGUUGCUGAAUUUGUA